AUGGACGAAGCUAUGGACACGGAGGCCAGUCAUAGCGAGCAGCGUUCGCUCACGCUGGAUCCAUGGGAAUAUGGAGCCUGGAUCCGAUCGAUUCAAAAAAAGAUGCUGACCACUGACUCGGACGAGGCACGGUCGACAUUGGCGCAUGAUCUCGUGCAGGCCUACCGAGCGAUGAGUGAGCAAACGGCGUUGCCGCCUCGCGAUUGGCACCUAUACUUGAGUGUAUCGAUGUAUGUGAGCGAUGAUAUAGCGCAUCUUCUCGCACUCCAUGAGAAGAGUACGCAGGAUUCACAGGAUAUGAGCUUAUACCUGCGAUGCGCUAGCUUCUUGGUGGGCCUCUACGUCCACGAAACUGGCCUCUCGUGCGCUGUGCCGACAGACGCACGUACGACCUCGACCGAAGGUACGGUCUGGGAUGUUCGCGCACUGUGUACAGCAUGGACAGGCCUGCCCGGCCCUGUGCUGCAUGCGAACGGGACUUACCCUCUGACCUCUGUGCCGUGUGUGCGAGGGGUGCUAGGCGAUAAGGCCACCGAGACGGGUAUGCGGCAUGCGCUGCGGGAUCUGUAUAGCCAAUGUGCCUGGCAUGCUACGGAGAGCCAAGCAUUGUGGGAUCUGUACAUGGCCGUGGAAGAGGCAUGGCUGCAGAACGAUCACACCGACGAAAGAGUGGAGCUUGUACGCCAAGCGUAUGUGGCUCGCUUGCAAGUCCCCCAUGCACAAUUGGCUACGACGUUCCAGCGGUUCUCGCAGUUUGUGUCUGCCUACAUGCCGUCAGAGGCCUAUGAAAGUACACUCUCUGCUGCCAACUCCUACUAUGCCGAUGCACAACGUCUAUGGCAAGACCGUGAAUCGUACGAGGAUGCGAUUGGUACCAAUCAUAGCACGCUGGAUGACGCUUGGCAGCCGUAUCUGGCAUGGCAAUCGCACCGUCUGAAGCAGAUGCGCGUAGCCAAAAACAAGGCGCAUCUGGAGACAGAAGAAGAAAUGGGUACUAUGCUUUAUUAUCGGGCGUUGCAUCGCUUCGGUUGGUACCCACGAGCCCGUAACCAACGCGAAGCGGAUGCCUAUGCGAAUGUCCCACCCACGCUUGACGUGGAAAAGGCAUGGAAGCAGAAGCAAGGGCGCAAGAGCCACAAGAUGCAGGAGCGCGAGCAAGCGUCGGCGCGUGUCGAGGCACGUUCCUUGGUCGCACAAGCUGAGUCGUUGUGGCUGGACUUGCUGUCGCUCCUGCAUGGCCCACGCGCAGAGGCCGCGUCUGUGCUCCGUGUGUGUGAGCAGGCCACACGUACACUACCUACGUCAGGACGUCUUUGGGCCUCCUACAUGCGCAUGCUGGCCCGUUUCCAGCGCCCAGCCACGCAGGUCCAGCAAGUGUAUGCACGCCUUAUGGCGAGCCAAACGCUGGGCCACGUCGGCGGUGGAGCCGCUCUGCUGUGUGUCCUGCAGGCGCAUAUCGACUGCGAGCGAGCGUUUGCAACGCACGAGCUGGCUAUGGAGCAGCACAAGUCUCCGGACGACGUGCUCGUGGUGGCGGAUGUGGACCGCUUUAUGCGUUUGUAUGAAGGCCUCGUGGGGGCCAUCGCGACCAUGUAUGCGUUGCCUGCGACAGAGCAGGACGCCAAUCUCACGUUGGAAAAGUAUGCAUCCGAUUGGAUUGAGCGAGCGGCCCGUGCCAUCCAGCGGGCGGCAGGGGCGGAAGCCGCAGCGGGUCUGACUUCCCUCGCUGACGAUUUGUGGGCGCACGCCUUGCAAAAGCACGCUAUGAAUGCGAAUGCUUACCUGGAAGCGGCGCUGUACUACAAGCGGCACGACGACGAUAAACGUGCGCGACAGACGUUUAAGAGUGGUAUGGCCAAGCAGGGCUUGGAGAACAAGGCUGUGAUUGUGCAGGCAUGGGUCGCCUUUGAGCAUGAACGAGGCACGCCCGCGGAUAUUGAGCAUGCGGAGGCCAAGGCCAAGAUCGAGAACGAUCGGCUAUGGCGUGCGUGGUACAAGUACCAAGCCACAGCGACACCGUCGCAUACGGAGGCGGCGGUGCCACGAAGUAGUGCAGAGCACACGCAAGACGCGCACAUGCCCGACACAGAUAUGCCUGACGCACCGAAACGCAAGGCGGACGACGAGGGCGUGCCGGAGAAGAAGCACGAUGAGAAGAAAGAGGCGCCACCAGCGCGUGAUCGCGAAUUUUCGUCGGUCAUGGUAUCGGGUCUGCCUGUGAAUGCUACAGAGGGCGACAUUCGCACGUUCUUCCGGGAUUGCGGCGUGAUCUUUGAGGUGAUCGGCCCACGUACCGUCCGCGAAGUGAAUGCCGACGAAGAGACGUCGGCGGUCCAAGUGGAGUUCACCGAUCGCGAUGGCGCCAAUGCCGCCCGCACGCGCGACUGGAAGCGUGUGGGCGGCCAGUCUGUGCACGUCUCGCUGAGUUAUGCAUGCACUUUGUACGUUACCAACUUCCCGCCCGAGACCACAGACGACGUGAUUCGUGAGCGAUUUGGCGCAUACGGAGCUGUCUUUGAUGUGCGUUGGCCCAGCCGCAAGUUUGUGCAGUCGCGCCGAUUCUGCUAUGUCCAGUAUACCAAUGAAGCGGCCGCACAGGCUGCCUUGGCCAUGCAUGGCCAGCAGUGGCAGGACGGCUACGAGCUCCAAGUGUUGUUGUCCAACCCGCAACACAAGAAGCCACGCUCGGAUGCCCAUGCUAACGACAAGGAGCUGUAUAUGACGGGCCUUCCCCGCUCGGCGACAGUGGACGACGUACGGGCCUUUUUUGCCCCGUACGGCCCUGUGGCCGAUGUGCGUAUGCCUGCCCGUCCCGACGGCAAGAGCCGCGGGAUUGCCUUCAUUGAGUUUGCGUCUACGUUGGAUGCUAGGCGGGCCAUGCAAGCAACCAACAGUACCAAGUUCCACGGCCGUCUUGUGGCUGUGACGCUCGCCGAAGCGGGGCGAACGCAUCGACCUGCCUCCUCGGCGCCUACACAGGCCGAUCGGUGGGCACGUACCAUCCAUGUACAGGGCCUGCCCCCGGAUGCGCAGGAAGCGCUCAUUCAGCAAGCAAUGGAGGCUGUAGUAGGUCCCAACAGUGUCCGACGCGUCUUUUGGACACCUGGGCGUGCGCCUCAGCGGGAUGGGACGUGCGAUAGCCUUGUUGAAAUGGUCGAUGCAGAGACAGCGGGGCGCGCUGUGCUAGCCGCGCGUGCCAUGUACGGAGAUGCGCCUUUGACACUGCAGCCUCACACAGGGGCCGCCUCCACCUCGACGACAUCGAUGCCGAUGCCGCGAUCGGUGGGCCCGGCCUCGCGUGGGCCACGUAAGGAGGCGUUUGGGUUUGCGCGUGUACACACGACAGAGCUAGCCGAUACCACGCCCAAGGAUCAGGAUGCUUUCCGACAAAUGCUACAGAAAAAGUAG